AUGAGGGUUUUAGAGGAGCUGCUGCUGGACGGGGUGAAUAUGUUGCAAGUGACAAGCAAUGAAUGGGGCAAAGCUAUCUCAGCCAUGUACAGUCUCAGGCGUCUUCAAAUGUCCAACUGUAUGCUUUCUGGCCCAAUUCCCCUUUCACUUGCAAAUCUUAGCAGUUUAACCCACCUCCAACUUGGUGGCAAUUCCUCCUUCUCGUCCAUACCUGCUCGCUUCCACAACCUUUCCAAGCUGGUUUCUCUCAAGCUUAGCAGCUGUGAGCUCAAUGGUUCCAUCCCUUCUGAUCUGUUGAGCCUUCCAAACCUGCAAGAAGUUGACUUCUCUGCCAAUCUGGAUUUGGGAGGGAAUCCUUCAACCAUUCUGCCGCGACACUCUUCCAGGCUUAAGAGACUUGUUCUUACAGCAACGAAUGUAGGAGGAGCUAUUCCAGAUUCAAUUGCCAACAUCUCCUCGUUAACUUUCUUGGAUCUAUCCGACUGCUCUGUUCAAGGUAAUCUUCCUCCCACCAUUGCAAAUCUUACAGCACUUGUAAUGUUGGAUAUCUCAAAUAACAAAUUAAAAGGAAGUAUACCAUCGUUUGGGGCUAAGCGUCCUUUAGAAACUCCAUUUCCUUUGGCCUACAUCGAUCUUUCUACAAUCAGUUGCAGGGCAACAUACCCUCUAUGUUGUUCGGUGCAUUUGGGAAGCUCCGGCGCUUUACCUUCUAAGCUAACGGGGACAAAAAAACUAAAGGUUCUAGACUUGCAUAGCAAUUACUUACAACAUCAGCUUCCGCUUCCUCCUCCUUCAGUGCUUGUGUUAGACUUGUCUGAAAAUCAGUUUUCUGCAUCCAUUCCAGUUGAAAUUGGGGAGUCUAAUCUUUGGUAUCUGUCGCUCUCUCACAACAAUCUCAGCGGUAGGAUCCCACCGACAUUAUGUAAUAUACCGUCCCCGAAUAUGAAGAUUCUGGAUUUUUCGUAUAAUAGUCUCACAGGUAAGAUUCCAGCAUCUCUUGCAAACUGCAGUUCUCUUGUGGUAUUGAAUUUGGAGAAAAAUUGUUUAGUAGGUGAGUUGCCAGCGGAGUUGGGAAGCCUGAUUUCGCUUCAAACACUAAAAAUCAGUGGAAAUAAUCUAAAUGGGACUCUGCCAACACUUGCAAAUUGUAAACAGUUGCAGAUAUUGGAUGUGGGGGACAACAGACUAACAGGGAAUAUUUCUUCAAAUGGGAUUCAAGAGCUUUCUAAUCUUAAGAUUUUGAUUUUAAGAUCAAACAAAUUUGAAGGAACUGUACCUGCUGAUGUAAGCAAAAUACCGUCUCUUCAAAUAUUAGACCUCUCAAUGAACAGAUUGACAGGAGUGAUUCCGGUCAGCAUUUCAGAGAUGAGGGGAAUGGCGAAUUGGUCAGAGAAUACAAAAGUCUUUGAGUUUGAAUGGUUAAAAGAUAAAAUUUAUGUAGAGAAAAUAAUCAUUAGAAACAAAGGAUUGGAGCUGGAGUAUGUGAGAUUUUUGAGCUUGGUAAAAUGCCUUGAUCUAUCAGGCAAUAGAAUAUCUGGUCAUGUCCCUCAAGGCAUGGGAUCUCUCGCUGGUUUGAUUAUCCUUAAUAUUUCAAGAAACAAUAUUAGUGGUACCAUACCUGAGUCCUUGGGAAACAUGGCACAGCUAGAGUCCCUUGACCUCUCGAAAAACCAACUGUCUGGAAUUAUUCCUGCAGCGUUGGUGAAUCUCACAUUCCUAAGUUACUUGAAUCUGUCAUACAAUAAUCUUACAGGAAUGAUACCGCAAGGGGCACAAUUCGCAACAUUUGAAGCCUCAUCCUUCUCGCAUAAUCCAGGUCUGCACGGCUUACAACUGAACGAGUCAUGGUCGCCUUCGCCAAAGGAUGAAAGCAAGCCAAAAAAGAAAGAAGGGGUGAAUAAAAACAGGGCAAGAGAGAGAAAUGACAGUUUCAUUGUGUUGAUGGGGAUGAGCUUUGGAGUGGGCGCGGGCACAAUUGUAGCUCCAUUGUUGUUUCUGAAGAAACGGAGGGAAAAGUUCUUUGAUUUGUUAGCCAGUAUAUUGAUUUGGAUUGUUGAUUUGAUUCCUUGUGAGAAGUGCAUUUCCUGUGACAAGUUGCAGAUAGUGAAAAUUUCGGACGGCGAAGACCAAGAGCAUUCCAAAGAAAGCAAGAAGAAAUUAAUACGCUUUUGCGAUCCAGAACUCUUGUAUGCAUCAAACUUAUAG